AUGGCUAAGCGUGUGCAAACCUAUUCCCUGAAUGAAGUAUUAGAUAAAGUAUGUGCUGACGACAGUGAUUUUGGAAGCGACCUUGAAGACAGUGAUUACGAUGAGACCUAUGUUGCUGAAACUGGUGUUGAUGAUAUCGCUGACAGCAAUGGAGGUACAGUGUACAGAAAGACGGAGUGUGUCAGCACAUGUGUAAAAGAAAUAGAACUGGUUUUAGGCAUUAACUUCCGCAUGGGAGUAGUUGAAAUGCCAUCGGUGAGAAUGUACAGGAAGAAUGAGUCUCGAUAUGGGCCAGUGGCAGAUGUCAUGAGUAGAAAUAGAUUUCAGACAUUACUGACAUUAAUUCACUUUGUGGAUAAUGAGGCAGCUACAGAUGAUGAUAGGAAAGACAAACUGUGGAAAAUAAGGCCAUUUGUCAACAUGUUUCGUGAACAGUGCAUACAAGUAACUCCAAAGCAACAACAGUCAAUUGAUGAAAUGAUGGUUCACUACAAAGGCAAAUUCAGUAAAAUCAGACAAUACAAAAAAGGGAAACCUCAUCCUUGGGGGUUCAAGGUGUGGGCAAGGUGUUCUGAUAGUGGAUUACUACAUGACUUUGACAUCUACCAAGGGAAAGGUGGUGAUAAGACUAAAGCAAGUGAACCAGGAUUAGGUGGGGAUGUCAUUGUGAAACUUUGUGAAACACUUCCAAAAAACAAGGACUACCAGGUCUUUGGAGAUAAUUUCUUUACAUCAGCAGGACUACUCGUAAAGAUGAGGCAACUGGGUUUCCACUACACUGGGACUGUUCGAAAAAAUCGUCUUGCCAAAUGCCAGUUGAUCGGUGACAAGGAAAUCGCAAAGCAAGGAUGA